GUUAGUCGGUGCGUGGAUUUUGAACGAAGUGCCUGUGCUUUAUAUAAAAAAAAAAGUAAAAAGUUCUUUUUUCGAAGUCAAGUUUCAAUUUAUUUUCUUUGAAUAAAAUGAAGUGUUUAGUGUUUGUCUGUUUGGCUGUAAUGCUGUGCGGGGCCUAUGCUAAACAUAAAAAGGACGACAACAAGGUGAAAAUAGCAGUUUACUACGAGUCCCUAUGUCCUGACUCCAAGAAGUUCAUCACGACGCAGCUGGCGCCGGUGUGGAGGGACUUCAAGGGGGCCGUCAAAGUCAAAUUGGUUCCUUACGGGAAGAGCACGCACGACAAAGUCAACGGUAAAUGGCAGUUCACAUGCCAUCACGGGCCAGAGGAAUGCUAUGGCAACAAGGUACAGUCAUGCAUCCUGAAGGACAAAAGCUUAGCUGACACUGAGAAGAUGGAACUGGUCAUCUGUCUGAUGGGCCAGAGCAGUCCGGACAAGGCGUUGGACACGUGCCUAGCUCAAUUGAAAAAAGAAUCCGAAGCCAAUAAGCUGAAGAACUGCGCAGGCGGCGACCAAGGCGACAACCUGCUAGCUUCGUACGGAGACAAGACAGACGCUGUAUUCAGACCGUUGAGUUUCGUGCCAACUGUAAUUAUAAACGAGAAAUUCGACCAAGCCGUUCAGGAUGAGGCUUUCAAAGACCUAAAAAGCGUGGUUUGUCGCGUUGCAGUGAAUAAGCCGUCCGUUUGUUGAAUUUAAAUACUCGUACUUUUUAAAUAGAUGGGCACCAUAAUGUUUGAUCGCAUUUCGCAUAAAUUUUUUUGACAUAAUCACCGUUUCGCAUAAUUUUUUGUGAACAUUACCUACUCUAACGAGAAAGUAGCUACUAGAGAUAUUACCAAUUAUUAUAUGAAUUGAAUUGACGUUCUUGGUAUUCUCUCCUCCACAAUGCUCUAUUUCUCCAAAAUAUCAGAAGAUAUUACUCGCAAACAUUAAAAAAUAAAGUUAGGUAAGUACAUCUUUAUGUGAAACAAUUGUAUUGUAGUAUUGUUAGAACUAAGCAGAGCUUGUAUCUUCGUACAUCAGGUGUUACAGCGUAAUGCUGUUGACUUAAAAAUAUCAGAAGAUAUUACUCGCAAACAUUAAAUUAAGUCUACAGGAAAUCCUUUUCAGAAAGAACAAAAUACGUAAUAUUAUCUUAGUUCUUCUGAUUGUGCUUGUGUGCUUGAUUUGAAAUCACUCACGUACUUUUUAAAUAACAACAUAAUUGAAAAAAAAACAUUAUGAAAAAUAACAGUAUGAACUUAUGAGUUACCUGAAAGUAAUAAACAAUACCGAAUUAGCUAUGGAUGUACCAGUAAUAAAUUAUUUAGUUCGUCGUGUUGUACAUACAUAAAAUCAUUUUCCCGGAGGGGUAGGCAGAGACUACCUCUUUCCACUUGCCACGAUCUCUGCACACUUCCUUCGCUUCAUCCACAUUCAUAACUCUCUUCAUGCAAGCUCGGCGGUUUCGGGUACUCCUGACCUGACCCUUUACCAGGACGUCUUUAAUAGUCGUGUUGUACUUUUGAAAAAAAAAACCGAAAAAAAAGAUUUAAUACUGGAUUAUGCGCAACGAUAAUUAUGCCAUGCGAUUAAAAUUUAUGUGAACCAAUAUGGACAAGUAGUUGUAAGUUAGUGUCCACAGAAAUCAGAAUAAUAUAAGUUUUUAUAAACAGGAUAAUUAUGCCGGUGUCAAACUGUACAAUCCAUUGUUUAUAUGUAUUAAACAUACGUACGUACAUACAUGUAUGUAUAUAAUUACGUCUAUAUCCCUUGCGGGGUAGACAGAAUCAACAGUCUUGAACAGACUUAUAGGCAACGCUCAGCUGUUUGGCGUAAUGAUAGAAUUAAGAUAGGAUACUAACCUAUCGCCUAAAAGAAAAAUUUCAAGUUUAUAAGCAUAUCCCUAAGUCGCCUUUUACGAUAUCCAUGGGAAUGAGACGGCGUGGUCAGACAGUGUUUGUUACGUACGUUAAAAAAAAGUAAUUACAAUAUUUAUAAGAUUAAUUUUAAGAUUUUUGUAAUUAUAUUAAGUACUUAGUAU